AAGAAGAAAAUAAAGCGGUUUCCGCUGUGAGGGGCUAGUCAUGAACCAAAUCUUAAGUGCUUAUUCCCACUUCUGUGACUGACCGAGAGAUCGUUACCCUGCAUGCAGUUAUUGCAGCCGAAAGCAAAUCAUUUGUAAUUUUAAGGCUUUUGUUCCGUCCUUUCCACAGGACGAGCUGAAGAUGCGAGCCAGGAGAGGAUUUUAUUAGUAUCUGCGUGCUAGCUUGGAUUGCUAACCAGACUAGCAUAGCGAAGAGGCUCUGGAUGAACUUUGAUGGACCCUCUGCUGCGGAUGGGAUUGUAGCUUGAUGUUUGACUGCAAGCUUUUUUUCUUUUUAUAGUUUUGGUGCUUACGGGAGUCGGUUCUUUAAAUGUGCUAUUCCUCCUGAGCUCGGAAGGCAAGUAGUUUCGUGAAAUUGUUGUUUUAGUCGUUUACGCCAUCCGGCUAUUGAUCCUAAAAUCCACUGGCAAGCUAACAGGAUAUUAGCUACCUUGUCGCCACUUUGCUUUGUGGUUGGAGGCCAUGGACUGAAAAGCUUUCAUCAGUUACUGGGAUACGGGAAGAUGGCAGCUUGGACGUGGAUCCAGUCGGACUGACGAAGCAACAUUUGCUGCUCGGAAAUAUUUCGCUCCCACGGUGUUCUUUUAAAAAUGCGUCUGAACGCUGGAGCUUUUUGGGUCUAAACGGGCAGGAAAACAGCGGGAUCACAACUGGGUUAAGGUCCUCAAGAGGAGAUUUCUCGUCUGGGUGUUUGGUUAAACGUGGGAGAAUACAAUGUCUACAGCAAAGGAAAACCCCUGCAGAAAAUUUCAGGCGAACUUCUUCAACAAAAGUAAAUGUCAGAAUUGCUUCAAACCCCGGGAGCUACAUCUACUGACCGACCAGGAUCUGACUCAGGCCAAGCCUAUUUAUGCUGGAUGGCUGUGCUUGGCCCCUGAGGGAACUGACUUUGACAAUCCAAUGCAGAGAUCCCGGAAAUGGCAGCGGCGAUUCUUUGUGCUGUAUGAACAUGGCUGCCUGCGCUUUGCCCUGGACGAGUCGCCGAGUACACUACCUCAGGGUACUGUCAAUAUGAACGUCUGCACAGAUGUUAUCGACGCAGAACCCAAAACAGGCCAGAAGAACUCGCUGUGCAUCAUCACCCCCGAACAGGAAUACUUUAUCAGAGGAGAGAAUAAAGAGAUCAUUAAUGGGUGGAGCGAACAGCUGAGUGUGUAUCCUCGAACCAACAAACAAAAUCAGAAGAAGAAACGAAAAGUAGAACCUGCAACCUCCCAGGAGCCCGGUCCAGCCAAGGUAGCUGUGACCGGUUCUGGAAUCCCAGAAGCAGAUAAAAGUCCAGAUUCAAGCUCCAUCAUCUGGCAGGAGGAGCUGAACCAAAGGGAGGCAGAGAGCGCAGCUGUGUGGGCUGCUGCUGACUCGUUGGCAUCACCGCUGCCCUCUGCAGGUGAGUGUGCACCUGUAGGGCACGGCUCUGAUGCAGGGUCAGUGAAUGGGAACGACCUGAACCGCAGAAGCCUGACCCUGCACAGUUCUGCUCCCCUGCCCACCACUGACCCGCUCUCCCCAACGGGCUCCUGCUCCAGUUUGGGAGGAGUCCCUCGCUGCCUCUCUCCAGUGCCCAGUGAACCCUUCCCCUCCAGCAGCUCCCUGCUCUCAAAUGGCUCUCACAUCAGCGGCUCGGUCAGCUCUCUGGACUCGGACGCCAGCGGCAGCACGGUCACAAGCACCGACAGCCACCCGACCGGUCACAGGGGCGGCCAUCACGAGGCGUCGCGCUCCCGCCGAAUGGAGGCCGAAACCAGAAAGGCUGAGAAAAGAAGUCGGUUCAGGAGCCCUGAGAGGCCGGAGAGAGAGGCCGUCCUCAGUCCCGAGAGAAGUCGCUCCGGUGUGAUUGAGAAGUUGGAGGCCUUGGAGCUGGAGAAUCCAGAGAAAAUGGAGGUGGAGGCGACACAGAGGAGUGGUGUCCGACAGGGUCGUAGUGAGCAGAGGCGGCGCUGUAGAGAGGAGCAGAGACGAGACGACGACGAGGGUCUGGACUUUCCCUCCACCCUGCCUCCUCUGAGGAGAGCCAAGUCUUUGGACAGAAGGACCACAGAGUCCGUCAUGACGCCGGAUUUGCUUAACUUUAAGAAAGGAUGGAUGGUGAAGCUGGACGAGCAAGGCCAGUGGAAGAAGUUCUGGUUCGUGCUGACGGAUCACAGCCUGAGAUACUACAAGGAUUCAAUCGCUGAGGAGGCCUCUGACUUGGACGGUGAGAUUGACCUGUCCACCUGUUACAGUGUAACUGAGUACCAGGCGCAGCGCAACUACGGUUUUCAAGUUCAUACACAGGAAGGUGUUUACACUCUUUCGGCCAUGACGGCCGGCAUACGCAGGAACUGGAUCCAAGCAGUGAUGAAGAACGUCAGGCCGUCCACCGCCCCUGAUGUGGCCAGCUCCACUGAGGAUUACUUCUCCCCUUUGGAGGGUCUCGUUAGACCUGACAUCACUCAGGACUCUCUCUCCUCUGAGGUCUCGUCCGUGGGGAGAGAAUCUGCUCCAGGUGUGAUAAGAAGCAGAGCGCGGGAACGCCGGCGAGAAGGCCGCUCGAAGACCUUUGACUGGGCAGAGUUCAGGCCCAUCGCGCAGGCUCUGGCUCAGCAGCGAGCGCAGGAGGCCGAGAGCCUGCAGACGGGCAGGGAUGAGCUGGACUGCAGUCGGAGGAGAGAGGAGAGGAGGAAGAUGUACGAGUGUGUGAGCAGCUCCAAGCAUGCGUCUGCUCCGUACAGAGGGAGGACGGACGUGGAGGGAGGAGGUGGAACUGUACAAACCGACUCCGUUAGUCCCACCUCCAUGGACAGGCAGCAGAGGAUGGAGGAGGUGAUUGAAGAACACUGGCGACAGGUGGAGAACACCCCCAUCAGGGAGGAGAGGAGGGUGCCUCUUCCCGCUACAGAGCAGUCCAAGGAAACCGUAGAGCUGGAGCAGCUUCUGGAGAGUUACAAGCAGGGGAUGGAGGAGCUGAAGUGUCAGUUAGCGAGCUGCCACCAGCAGCUGCUGGACUCGAACAAGCACAAGCAGGAGCUGGAGCUGCAGCUCAGGACGGCUCUGGAGCGGGAGCAGGACGUCCGGACCGGCUACAUCUCCCCGCUGGAGCAUCCUUUGGGUCUGGAGGCUGAUGUGACGCCCCAGAUGAAGAGGUCCGAACCGGUUAGUUCUCAAGCACAGAGUUUAACAAAGAAAUACCAGGAGACCAAAGAGCUCCUGAAGCUGCAAGAGCUGAAAAAACGCAAUAUGCAGGCACAGCUUGGCCUCUCACUUUCUCACCUUCCCAUCAAGGAGCCUAACAUUUCUGAACCCCAAAAAACAGCCACGCUAGACGGCCCCUCUCCUGAAUUAGUCCAAAAAACCGUUACCUUCUUGCUUCAGGACAGCUCAGAGGCAAUCCAAGAGCUAGAUCUGAUAACCGAUGAACCUCUGACUCUGAUUGAGCUCAGCAAAGUGUUGAAACUACAUAGCUGUAAUCAGAAUCCCACAGGAAAACAUGAACUUCAGCAGCUUCUGGAAACCUGGAAGUGCCAGCAGGAGAUGGAAAAUGAAACACUGAAAAAGAGCCUAGCCAGAGCGGGAGAGAGCAUACGGGAAUAUGAAGCCCGUCUUCUGACCAUGGAGGAUAUGAUGGGGAAAGUUCAGAAGCAAAGUUUGGAAAGCCUGACCAGCCCUUACGGUCCCCUGUCCACAAUUGAAACGCAUUCAGAGUCAAAUGACGCCACUGUUGGAUUGCUCUCUCAGAAGGUCAAGCUUCUAACAGGUGAAAACGGCGCACUGAAACAGCGAUGUCAGGAGAUAGUGAAUCAGCUGACUGAGGCCGACAGAGAAAUUGACCGACUUAAAGCCGAACUCGUCAGCCAACAUGGCGGCAAACAGCAUCAUCUCGUUGUGGAGGAGCUGAAAAGACUAAAGGCUGAAGUGGCUGAAAAUCAAGCUAAUGCCAUAGACCGGGAGUAUUAUGAGAGGGAACUAAAUGAGAAGUCUUUAAGGCUCCAUGAAGCCUUAGUUACUUUGGAGGAACUUGGCAACACCCUUAAAGACACUGAGAAAAAGCUGCAGCUGAAAGAGGCCACGCUCAGAGGUCUGGGCUUCCAGGGAGAUUACGAGGACGAGGAGUUGCAGCUGGAGAAGGAACACCUCAGAGAGCUGCUUGAAGCCUCAAAAGCUAAGAUUUCUGAAAGUGAUGCAAGAGUUAAGUCUGCAGAGCAACGCUGUGUGGAGCUGGAGGCUAGAAACGACGAACUACUCACCUUAAAUCAGGAAAUCGAGAAAGUUGGCAGAGAGAAGCUGGCAGAGGUAGAAAAUGAAGUAAAGAGACUACAAGAGAAGCUAGUAUGGGAUAUUGGUCGUGGUAGUGAGAGUAAAGACGUAGAAGAGAAGCAAGGAGAUGAUGGAGAUUUUAAGCACGUGGUAGAUGAGUUUGAGAUGAGGUCUGAGGCAUUGGAUAGAGUCGUAGAGGUAUUAGUAAAGAUAGACGUCAGUGUAGACAGAAUGCUUGGUAAUUUGAAAACCACUUUCUUUGGCUCUUCAAAAGAAGAGCUUGUUUGCGUGAGAGAGAAAGAGAUGAGAUCAGUGUUGGAGUGGGAGUUCUGGAACCAGCUGUUGAGCAUUACUCAAUUAAAAUCUGAUGAAAGCCGACAGAUCAGGGAACUGGGUUUGGUGGAGCUUAUAGCGUCACAGAGGAGCCUGAUUCUCUUGAAUAAGAUGGUUUGUUCGCAGGGUGACGCGGAGAGUGAGACGGUGGUCCGUUUUGCAGCGAUGUACAGCUGGCUCGAUGAUGAAACGAACGCUUUGAUUCUUCAGCGCUUAACAGAAUCAUUGAAGGCAAAGUCUCACGAUCUGAAGCAGAUUGCUAACAGUCUGAAAACGAGCAAAAAUGAUACACUCCUGUCUUUGGCUCAAGCAAGCUUUGGUCCUGGGCGAGAGCAGAAACAGCCAUCAGAAUAUCUUCUUGAUUGUCUCAAGGAAGCAUGCAGGCUAUAUGAGCUCAUUAGGCUGAAAGUCCAGCAUGAGAAAGAGCUGAAGCAGAAUCAGCCACAAGAACAGAUGGGGAGCACAAAUUCUCCAAAUUGCUCUGACUUGAAAGAAGUUGCGAGUGAGCUUCAGUCAGAACGGGAAGAUCUACAGAGCCAGCUAUCCGGGGCUUCUUUGAAAACGUCUGCAGAGCUCCAAACUUUGAUUCAGAUCGAAGGAGAGUCAGUAGACUCAGUGGGUGCAACCACUGAACUUCAUGACAUGGUGAUCAGGCACAGGAAGGAGUUGCACGACGUCAAAGACUGCUACGAGCAGGAAGUCAUAAAGUUGAGGCUGGAAAUCACAAAAGCCAACGAGACACUUAAGUUUCAGUCAGACGAAAAUAUGAAAGAGAUCGACUCACUGACAAAUUGCCUGGAGAUCCUAAAAACAAAGCACGAGAAUGAAAAAAGAAGCCUUGUCGAGAGGUUUGAUCAGGAGAUGGAGGAGCUGAGGAGCAUGAUGAGUCCAGCUAACACCGAGAGGAACGGAACAAGUGAGACGUCGGAUCAUCCCUCAGCCCAAACGUCGACCCUCAGGGAGCGCAUUCAGGAGCUGAUGGUCCAAGUGUCAGUCCUGACCGAAGAGACGAGGCGACGGGAGCAGCAGGGGGACAUGAACACCCUGCGGCUGAAAUGCGAGAGAGACCUGGAAAACCUUAAGGCCACCUGUGAGCGGGGCUUCGCCGCCAUGGAGGAGUCCCACCAGAAGGUGAUCGAAGAGCUGCAGAGAAAACACCAGAGGGAGCUGGAGAACCUGCAGGAGGAGAAGGAGCGGCUGCUGGAAGAGGAAACGGCCGCCACCAUCGCAGCUAUUGAAGCCAUGAAGAACGCCCACCGCACAGAGCUGGAGAAGGAGUUGGAGAAGGUUCGCAAGGUCAGCAGCAACACGGAGAACGCAGAUAUCGAGGAGAUCCGGAAACAGCAUGAUGAGGAGGUGUGCUCCUUCCAGAGGGAAAUCGAGGUGCUGUCCGAGCAGUACUCCCAGAAGUGCCUGGAAAACGCCCACCUGGCUCAGGCGCUGGAGGCCGAGAGGCAGGCCCUCAGGCAGUGUCAGCGAGAGAACCAGGAGCUCAACGCACACAACCAGGAGCUGAACAACCGUCUGGCAGCAGAAAUCACCAAGAUGCGCUCCAUGACAUGCGAGGACGGAGACCCCAACGCUGUGAUGCAGGGAAAAGAGCUGUACGAGUUGGAGGUGAUGCUGAGGGUGAAGGAGUCUGAGGUCCAGUACCUGAAGCAGGAGAUCAACUCCCUGAAGGAGGAGCUCCAGGCCGCUCAAAGAGACAAGAAGUACGCGACAGAUAAGUACAAAGACAUCUACACGGAGCUGAGCAUCGUCAAGGCCAAGGCGGAGCGGGACGUUGGCCGGCUCAGAGAGCAGCUGCAGGAGGCUCAGGAGGCGCUCGGGCAGCCGGCGCUGGACGACGUGGACCGAGGAGGAUACGAUAUUAUGAAGUCUAAAAGCAACCCAGACAUCCUCAAGAUGGCCGCCGCUGCAGCCAAACGCUCAGAGCGCACACUGAGAUCAAAG